AUGGGCCCAGUACUGUCAACAUACUAUAGACUGAAGAACGAAAAGUGGGAUGUACUAGACGAACCCCAAGCCGCCGAAUAUAACGGCCUGAUGUUCCAGGGGUUCGAAUGGCACGCUCCUCGCGAUCAUCAACACUGGAACAGACUCAACGAAAGCCUUCCCCGUCUAAAAUCUAUGGGCAUAAGCAGUAUCUGGAUCCCCCCUGGCUGCAAAGCGGCGACAGACGGAAAUGGGUACGACAUCUACGAUCUUUAUGAUGUUGGAGAAUUCAAUCAAAAGGGUCAAAUAGCAACGAAAUGGGGUACAAAGGCAGAGCUUGAGGCAUUUAUUUCUCGGGCAAGCGAGCUCGGGAUAGGAGUAUAUUGGGAUGCAGUACUAAACCAUAAAGCAGGAGCGGAUACCAAGGAGAGAUGCAUUGCUGUUCAGGUUGACCCCAAAGAUAGGACGGUGAAUAUUGCUCCCCCCAGGGAGAUCGAAGCCUGGCUAGGCCACGAUUUCCCUGGCCGGGGAAACCAAUACAGCGCUAUGAAAUACCACUGGUACCAUUUCAGUGGAGUAAACUAUGAUAUCCUCCAGCAGCAAACAGGCAUCUUCAAAUUGACUGGCCCAGACGGCAAGGACUGGGCCAAAGACGUUAGCACUGAGAACGGGAAUUAUGACUACCUUAUUUUUGCAGAUGUCGACUAUUCAAAUGCUGAAGUGAAGGAGGACGUUAAACACUGGAUCGAGUGGCUGGGGGCGCAAUUUGAGUUGAAGGGACUGAGGCUUGAUGCGGUCAAGCAUUAUUCACGAGCAUUCUUGAAGGAAUUUAUUCGGCAUAUUCGAGCAACCGUUGGCCGUGAUUGGUUCCUGGUUGCAGAGUAUUGGACUGGCGAUAUCAGCAUCCUACUUAACUAUUUCGAGCAGAUGGAAGGGGUUGUUUCGCUAUUUGAUGUUCCACUGGCAGAGAAAUUUUCUCUCCUUUCAAAGGAUGGACAGGACAUGCGGCAGGUGUUCGAUAAGACGUUUGUGCAACUUCGCCCACAAAAUGCAGUGACCUUUGUCGCCAAUCAUGAUACUCAACCAGGACAAUCCCUCGAAAUAUUGAUAGCGGCCUGGUUCAAGCCCCUUGCAUAUGCACUUAUUCUCCUCCGCCGGGAUGGCUACCCCUGCCUCUUCUACGGCGACCUCUAUGGAAUAACAAAUACGGAGCCAAAGUAUCGACUUCCAGCCGUCGACAAUUUAGCGACACUCGCGAUGGUUCGAAAGUUGUACGCCUACGGGAAACAAAGGGAUUAUUUCGACAACAAGGAGUGUAUUGGCUUCAUCCGUUACGGCGAUACAGCGCACCCGUCUGGCCUGGCCUGUCUGCUUAGCAAUAGCACCACACCAAAGUCGAAGACAAUGUACGUUGGCCUUAGCCAUGCCGGGGAGCGAUGGACUGAAGUCUUCACGUCGAGUACGGCCAUGGUAUCGGCUGUCAAGAUUGAUCAACGAGGGAGGGAGGAAGCAGAUGGAGAUAUGCAGUAG